AGGUGCCGAAGCUUCUGAGACGGCACAGUCUUCCUCUCGGGCACACGCCGGGCUCUGUUCAGGGCCCCAUGAAUGACUCCUUGCAGCCAUUCUGUGAGGAAUGGGGGCCAUCUGUGGAUUCUGGGGCUCUCUGGAACAAAGGAAUGUCUAAGUCACGGAGUUGCUUCGGCUAUCCCCUGAGCAUCUUCUUCAUCGUGGUCAAUGAGUUCUGCGAAAGGUUCUCCUACUAUGGGAUGAGAGCACUCCUGAUUCUGUACUUCAGAAACUUCAUCGGCUGGGACGACAACCUGUCCACGGUCAUCUACCACACCUUCGUCGCGCUGUGCUACCUCACGCCCAUUCUCGGAGCUCUCAUCGCCGAUGCGUGGCUGGGAAAGUUCAAGACCAUCGUGUGGCUGUCCAUCGUCUACACCAUCGGACAAGCAGUCACCUCCCUCAGCUCCGUCAAUGAGCUCACAGACAGCAACCACGACGGGACCCCCGACAGCCUCCCUGUGCACGUGGCGGUGUGCAUGAUCGGCCUGAUCCUGAUAGCCCUCGGGACAGGAGGAAUCAAGCCCUGUGUGUCUGCCUUUGGCGGCGAUCAGUUUGAGGAGGGCCAGGAAAAGCAAAGAAACCGGUUUUUUUCCAUCUUUUACUUGGCCAUUAACGCUGGGAGUCUGCUGUCCACGAUCAUCACCCCCAUGGUCCGAGUUCAACAAUGUGGAAUUCACGUUAAACAAGCUUGCUACCCACUGGCCUUUGGGAUUCCCGCUAUCCUCAUGGCUGUGUCCCUGAUCGUGUUCGUCAUUGGCAGUGGGAUGUACAAGAAGUUCAAGCCGCAGGGGAACAUCAUGAGCAAAGUGGUGAAGUGCAUCGGCUUUGCCAUCAAAAAUAGGUUUAGGCACCGCAGUAAGCAGUUUCCCAAGAGGGAGCACUGGCUGGACUGGGCUAAGGAGAAAUACGACGAGCGGCUCAUCGCGCAGAUCAAGAUGGUUACGAGGGUGAUGUUCCUGUACAUUCCACUCCCCAUGUUCUGGGCCUUGUUUGACCAGCAGGGUUCCAGAUGGACGCUGCAAGCGACGACCAUGUCUGGGAGAAUUGGAAUCCUUGAAAUUCAGCCGGACCAGAUACAGACUGUGAACACCAUCUUUAUUCUUAUCCUGGUCCCCAUCGUGGACGCCGUGGUGUAUCCUCUGAUUGCAAAGUGUGGCCUCAACUUCACCUCUCUGAAGAAGAUGACGGUUGGGAUGUUCCUGGCUUCCAUGGCCUUUGUGGCAGCUGCAAUCGUGCAGGUGGAAAUCGAUAAAACUCUUCCUGUCUUCCCCAAAGCCAAUGAAGUCCAAAUUAAAGUUUUGAAUGUAGGAAAUGAGAACAUGAUCAUCUCUCUUCCUGGGCAGACGGUGACGCUCAACCAGAUGUCUCAAACGAAUGAAUUCAUGACGUUCAAUGCAGACACGCUGACAAGCAUAAACAUCACUUUUGGAUCACAAGUCACCGCGGUCAUGGACAGCUUCGAGCCAGGCCAGCGCCACACCCUUCUGGUGUGGGCCCCCAAUAACUACCGAGUGGUCAAUGACGGCCUGACCCAGAAGCCAGAAAAAGGAGAAAAUGGAGUCAGGUUUGUGAACACUUACAGCCAGCCCAUCAACAUCACGAUGAGUGGGAAAGUUUACGAACACGUCGCCAGCUACAAUGCCAGCGAGUAUCAGUUUUUCACUUCUGGGGUGAAAGGCUUCACCAUCAGCUCGGCCGGGAUCUCGGAGCAGUGCAGGCGGGACUUUGAGUCUCCUUACCUGGAGUUUGGCAGUGCGUACACGUACCUGAUCACGAGCCAGGCUACUGGCUGCCCCCAAGUGACAGAGUUUGAAGAUAUUCCGCCCAACACAGUGAACAUGGCUUGGCAAAUCCCACAGUACUUCCUCAUCACGUCUGGCGAGGUGGUCUUCUCCAUCACGGGCCUGGAGUUCUCCUAUUCUCAGGCUCCUUCCAACAUGAAGUCGGUGCUGCAAGCCGGGUGGCUGCUGACAGUGGCUGUGGGCAACAUCAUUGUGCUCAUCGUGGCCGGCGUGGGCCAAAUCAGCAAGCAGUGGGCCGAGUACGUCCUCUUUGCCGCCCUGCUCCUGGUCGUCUGUGUCAUAUUUGCCAUCAUGGCUCGAUUCUAUACGUACAUCAACCCAGCUGAGAUCGAGGCUCAGUUUGAAGAGGAUGAGAAGAAAAAGAACCCAGAAAAGAACGACCUCUACACCUCGCUGGCGCCCGUCUCACAGACACAGAUGUGAGUCUGGAGGCAGCGUAGGAGGCCCACGCGCGGCGUGCACCGUGACCUCCGUCCGAGGGUACAGGACAUACCCCUGGGCGGCCCUGGAAGGGGAGGACUUGGGAACUGUGAACCAGACCACGAAAGCUAUGUUCUGAGCAGCCAGCGAUGAGUCCAAAACUCUGAAAGAAAUAUUGUUGAAAGUCUUAUUUAAAACACACACACACACACACACUUUUCCAACACUGACAGCCUACCCCAUGUUAACUCCUUCUCUACCAAUGCAAAUGAUGUUAUUUUGGACUAACUUAAUUUUGAACAAUGUUCUGUGUUGCUUGUAUUCUAACAUUCUUACGAAAAGCAAUGCUAAGAGAGGCAGGAGGCAAUGCCAAAGUUGAAUUUGUAGGUUUUGGAAAGGUAUAUACUACAUAUUACCUAGUAUUAACUGAAAACCUCAACUUUGAGGUUUUGUUCUAUUUUUUCCACUCCUUACCUCUUUUUAACCUGUGUGUAACUCAAAAGGACCACUCAGAUAAAGGCCAGUAAAGAUUUUUUUUGCCGUUUUGAUGAAAUAAAAUAAAAUCAUGUUCUUAA